AAUCAACAACAUACUGUUAGAGUCUUUAGUUUUGGUUUUGAAGCCGCUGCGGGCCGACAAAACACCUCAAUGAGUCCAAGGUUAUUACAGUGCGAUUAGGAGGAUUUUUUCACUCACCGCCAGCGAUCCGGAAGCGCAAUCACUUGGAGGUGUCGGGGCAGAGUUGCGAUGCGCAUCAUAUCGCGUGCGAUGUUCAAAAAGAGUUAAAAGUCCGCAACAUGUGUACAAAUACACCUGACGCGAGUGGGCGCUUAUGAUGUGAGUGCGUUAUCCACCCCACCCCUAAAAAAGUUUCCAUUCAGAAAAAGUGUUGACAUGUGUUGCUUGGCAACCGUCGGAACGCUCCCUGUCACGUGCAUUUUUUGACUGUCAUUCGAUGCAUUUUUAAUCGGGUGAGUUUUCGAUUCAACACCGACUUGCAAGGGCCGAAGACAUGUUUUACAAGGAGGGAUUUCUCUGGUGUCACUUGCGCCCUUUCAAAAACCUUUAACUACCAUCCGCCUCAGUAGCCGCAGCUCCAGCUUCACCUUGCUCAGCAUGCAUCUGACCAACGCUCAAACCCCAAACACUGCUUCUGCGGCUUCUCCGGAGAGCUCCAGUCUCAUUAAUGAUACGUAUACGAAAAUGACAUCGGAUAUCUUGGCGGAGAGGACUGUGAAUGACUUCCUCUCGGAACAUCCCGGUGAAUUAGUGAGGACUGGCAGCCCCUUGUUUGUUUGCACGGUGCUUCCGCCCCAUUGGAGGUCGAACAAGACGCUACCGGUUGCGUUCAAAGUGGUGGCUCUUGGUGAUAUUGGUGAUGGUACGGUCGUGACUGUGAAAGCCGGCAACGACGAAAACUUUUGUGCGGAACUCAGAAAUUGCACGGCUGUUAUGAAAAAUCAAGUAGCGAAAUUUAACGAUCUUAGGUUUGUGGGCCGGAGCGGACGAGGAAAAAGUUUUACGUUAACUAUAAUGGUAUCAACAUCUCCUCCUCAAGUAACUACCUACAAUAAAGCCAUCAAAGUUACAGUGGAUGGACCAAGAGAGCCCAGAUCCAAAACAAUGCUUUCUUUUCUAGGACAACAGCAACAGUUUCACUUUGCCUUUGGACAGCGGCCGUUUCCGUUUGCGGCUUCAGACCCUUUAUCCAGCUUUCGAAUGCCGCCAAUAGGAAAUUGUAAUAAUAUGACGCAAUUUGGAUUAACUACCACCAACUCGCAUUGGGGCUACAGUGCGGCCGGUGCCUACUCGCCCUACUUCACUCCUAGCACGUUAGGCUCCUGUGCAGCCAGUUCUACGCAGUUUAAUACUCCAGCUCUUGGCUUUUCAGGCGCCACUCCUGAUCAAACCUCUGCUCAGGAUGCAUUCGCUACAGGUUCAGCAGUUAGCACAUUGUUACCCGAUGGGGCAAGUACCGAUCUUGACCAACACCUCGGCCUGAUUUCCUCGCAGAAUCACGCCAAUCAUCCUCAAACCACUCCACACACAUCCUCACUGCUAGUACCCCGGUACUCGACGAAUCAUACUGAAUUUAAUCUAUCUGGGCCGCGAUCCCUCUCGGAUAAUUCGAGUGCUGCUGAAAGUCCCGUACAAGACGAUCUUUUAACGUCGCAACCCACUUUGGGAGUUAACCAUAUCAAUAGCUCGAGUACCACGAAUUUCCCGCUGCAUCAGAACAUGAGCCAAGCAGCGUACUCUUCGAGUAACUGCAACAACUCCAUUUAUCCUGUACUACCUGGUUUGCUUUACUCGCAACUCUACUCGGCAGCUAAUCAUCAACCGCACAACUUCCACUCGUUGCACACUCACGGAGCUCAAUCACACAAUGAUCUACAGAGUGUGAUGGAUCAUUUGUCCACCAACACCAAUCAGAGGCAAAUGAACGGAUCUACGGAUUUGUUGUUGAACAAUGGUACUUGUGCAGCUGCGGCACAACGACAAGAUGAUGGACACAGUAGAGUGUUGAAUAGCAAUGGACAGAGGGGUCCAGGACAGAAUGCAGAUGCUGUAGUAUGGCGACCUUAUUAAGUCUGAUAACUUUUAUUGUCGAUUUUUUUGGCGACUGGUUUUCCUGUUCUAAUGGUGAUAAGUCUGUGCAAUAAUGCUUAUUAAUUCUGUUAUGCUCGUUUAGUUACAUGCUUAUUAAAAAGCUCUGGAAGAACUAA